CCAUCACACUGACACUUUGGCUGUCACGUGAAUUGCAAUGGUGGAGCUCUAGUAAAGCUGAAAGUUUUCAUCUCUGGUCGUGGUCGUUUAUCGCAAAAAUCCUAGAAGAACUCCGUGGUUGUGCAAUUAUUUGUUCCCUGUGGUUUCCCCGGGAAUCGGAUUGUACAAUUCCAGUUCGUGUCUAGCUGAUCCAGUUCCAUUGGAAGUGUGUGGAAGGCGGAGUCACCAGUAAUUUUGGUUAUAUCAGUUUCAUAGUAAAAAACACAAACCGAAGAUGUCUGAAUACUGGUUAAUAUCGGCUCCAGGCGACAAGACCUGUCAGCAGACCUGGGAAACGAUGAACAACCUGACCAGCAAGCAAAAUAAUCUGUGCGAAAAUUUCAAGUUCCACAUUCCCGACCUUAAGGUUGGUACCCUCGAUCAACUGGUGGGUCUGUCGGAUGAUUUGGGUAAACUCGAUGCAUACGUUGAACAAUCAACUCGCAAAAUUGCCUCUUAUUUGGGAGAUGUCCUCGAAGAUCAACGGGAUAAGCUAUAUGAAAACUUGCAAGCCAAUAACAAUGACCUGACUACCUACAUCACCAGAUUCCAGUGGGAUUUAGCCAAGUAUCCAACCAAACAAUCGCUGCGCAAUAUUGCUGACAUAAUUUCGAAACAGGUUGGUCAAAUUGAUGCUGAUCUGAAAACCAAGUCAGCUGCAUAUAACAACCUGAAAGGAAAUCUGCAGAACUUGGAGAAAAAGCAGACAGGAAGUUUGUUGACUCGCAAUUUAGCUGACCUUGUGAAAAGAGAACACUUCAUUUUGGACUCGGAGUACUUGACAACGUUGCUUGUGAUCGUGCCAAAACAAAUGAUUAAUGAUUGGAACGUCAACUAUGAAAAAAUCACCGACAUGAUUGUACCACGUUCGUCACAGAUGAUUACCCAGGAUAAUGAUUACGCACUAUGCACGGUGACACUGUUUAAAAAGGUUGUCGAUGAAUUCAAGCUUCAUGCACGCGAGCGAAAAUUCGUUGUGCGUGAAUUUACCUAUAAUGAGGAGGAACUCGCAGCGGGUAAAAAUGAAAUAACGAAACUUGUGACCGACAAGAAAAAACAAUUCGGCCCCUUGGUCAGAUGGCUGAAGGUAAACUUUAGCGAAUGUUUCUGUGCUUGGAUUCAUGUUAAAGCACUUCGUGUUUUCGUGGAAUCAGUUUUGAGAUACGGAUUGCCAGUUAACUUUCAAGCUAUUCUGAUUCACCCGAACAAGAAAAACACCAAGCGUUUGCGGGACGUACUGAAUCAGCUGUAUGGCCAUUUGGAUGGAUCAGCAGCAUCCUCUGGUGGCAACGCCGAUAAUGUUGAUAUCCCCGGACUUGGGUUUGGACAGUCGGAGUACUAUCCGUACGUUUAUUACAAGUUGAAUAUCGACAUGGUCGAGAACAAGGUCUAACCGGUUUCGCAUGAGUGGAUUGAUUACAUCAAAUAUUCUUCGCCGUCGCAAUCCUGUUCCGUCACAAUGAUCCGCGCAUUCUUAUCCUUUUGGCUGAAGCAGUACUUGAUAACACAGACGUUAGAUAAAUCAUAUGGACAUGUAACACACCCUAGUUGUACCAAGAUGCAACUCCAAAUUUCUAUCGACUUUUUGUUGUAAUUUGUUUAACUGUUGAUUAUUUUAAAUAAUAUUGAUUUGUAAGAUAAGUAAAUUGCCGUUUAAUUACUAAAAAGGGUUUUUCGAGCAUAUAAAACUCAAAGAAACAAUAUGUAGUGAUUGGAACUUUUAGUUUCAAAUGAUAACUGGUUUAAAAGAAAUUGAUUAAAGUACAUACAAGAGCUCAAAGCAUGAAACGGAUUAAUUUUGUAACGUUCCUUGUUGGUUGAUUGCAUUAAAACUGUUGCAAAAGGAAUCCGGUUCAGAAUGUAACUUCAUUGUAUUUUUUAUGUGUUGAAAGUAAUAUAUUUUUUAAUUAUCAUAAAAAGACACGAACACGAUGUUGGAAAAAAAUUAAAUUUAUGCAAUGUUGAACAAUAAAAAUGCAUCCAUGAAUCGUCAUGUGUAUGUGUACUUCAAUGUAGAAAACAGAACAACCAUUAUAUAAGACAUUCAGAAAAUUAUUUGUGUAAAUAAAAAUAAAUCAUUCCAAAAGCGAA